AUGGACAGAGCGGCGCUCCUGGGACUGUCCCGCCUGUGCGCGCUGUGGGCAGCCCUGCUCGCGCUGUUCCCCUGCGGAGCCCAAGGAAAUUGGAUGUGGUUGGGCAUCGCUUCCUUUGGGGUUCCGGAGAAGCUGGGCUGCGCCAACUUGCCGCUGAACAGCCGCCAGAAGGAGCUGUGCAAGAGGAAACCGUACCUGCUGCCGAGCAUCGGAGAGGGCGCGCGGCUGGGCAUUCAGGAGUGCAGGAGCCAGUUCAGACACGAGAGAUGGAACUGCCUGGUCACCGCCACCGCCCAGCCGGGCACCAGCCCCCUCUUUGGCUACGAGCUGAGCAGCGGCACCAAGGAAACAGCAUUUAUUUAUGCUGUGAUGGCUGCAGGCCUGGUGCAUUCUGUGACCAGGUCAUGCAGUGCAGGCAACAUGACCGAGUGCUCCUGUGACACCACCUUGCAGAAUGGCGGCUCAGCUAGUGAAGGCUGGCACUGGGGGGGCUGCUCCGAUGAUGUCCAGUAUGGCAUGUGGUUCAGCAGAAAGUUCCUAGAUUUCCCCAUCAAAAACACCACAGGAAAAGAAAGCAAAGUUCUGUUAGCAAUGAACCUACACAACAAUGAAGCCGGAAGGCAGGCCGUCGCCAAGCUGAUGUCAGUAGACUGUCGCUGCCAUGGAGUGUCCGGCUCCUGCGCUGUGAAAACGUGCUGGAAAACGAUGUCUUCCUUUGAAAAGAUCGGCCAUUUGUUGAAGGACAAAUAUGAAAACAGUGUCCAAAUCUCAGACAAAAUAAAGAGGAAAAUGCGCAGGAGAGAAAAAGAUCAGAGGAAGAUACCCAUCCGCAAAGAUGAUCUGCUCUACCUUAAUAAGUCUCCCAAUUACUGUGUAGAGGACAAGAAACUAGGGAUCCCAGGAACACAGGGCAGAGAAUGCAACCGCACGUCAGAGGGCGCGGACGGCUGCAACCUCCUUUGUUGUGGCCGCGGCUACAAUACCCACGUGGUCAGGCACGUGGAGAGGUGCGAGUGCAAGUUCAUCUGGUGCUGCUACGUCCGCUGCAGGAGGUGUGAAAGCAUGACUGACGUCCACACUUGCAAGUAG